GUAAAUGAAAGUCAAGUUAAGGGUUGAGUAUCAUUGUUCAUCUUAAUCAGUUUAAUAAUUUACUUCAAGUCGAUUUCAUCAAAAAAAAGUCAAACAAUUUGAGUCGUUCAACAAUCCAAAAUAAAGAUAGGAAUAAAGAAAAAGAAGAAAAGUGAAGUUAACCCAAAAAUGACCAAACUUGACCAAAUGGUAAACAACAAUUUCCACGGGAAACCCGAGAAAAAGUGUAAAUUGUUGUUAGACGAGUUUCGUGAAAUGGUUCAAUCAAGUCGUAAAUUAACUGGCUACAAUCUGAGUGAUAAACUGUUGUUUCAAUUUUUACGAUCUCGAGAUUUUAACCAACAAGAAGCUCUAACCAUUUUAACCAAUUAUCUGACAAUAAUAAAUGAAAGGCCCGAUCUGUUUUCAUGGAGAGAUCAAUUGAAAGAGGUUGCCAAUGCAGGAAUUUACGUCCAUUAUCCAAUCAACAAUACAAAUGGAAGUAAAAUUGUGAUCAUCAAACCAGGCCAAUGGGAUCCAAGUAAGAUCACCUUCGAACAAUGGUUUCCACAGACUCUGUUUUUCUGUGAAAUCAGUUUAAUGGAUGAAUCGGUUCGUGAAAAUGGUAUCAUUGGUAUAAUUGACAUGAGGAACCUUUACUGGGCCCAAAUUUAUCACAUUGGAGUCUCGGGCAGUCGCUUGGCUUCUCACAUAACCGACUAUUGUUUCCCUUGGACCAUUCAAAGUGCUCAUUUGGUCUAUGAAAAUAGACUCACAAGUAUGGCCUUUAAUUUGUUUAAGCCUUUCCUCUCUUCCAAGUUGAGGCAAAGGAUCAACUUUCAUGGUUCCAACCUGGAAACGUUGUAUAAAUUUGUGCCCAAAUCACAUUUACCGCCUUCACUUGGAGGAACCAAUCAAGAGUAUUCCGGUGAAUUUUACAAUAAUAUUUUGGAGCAAAAUAAACAAACGGUUCUUGACCAUUGGCAGUCAUUGAGACAAAGAAAAGUGUCGAGUUAAUCGCGAUUCACCACAUUCUACGUCUUUUCAUUUUUACUUGUUAAUAUUAUGCUUGUUUCCUAAUUCCUAUCUUAUCAUUUUUUGCCUUUUUAUUGGUUAUCAUGUGAAAAUUAUUGAAAUAAAUGUUGAUUCAAA